ACUUGAGAUUUGCGCGAAAACGAAAAAGUGUAUAUGUGAAAUAACAAAGGAUGACCCAUACAUUUUACAAAAAAAAUUGUGUAUAUGCCCAGAAAAAAGUUUAGUUCAGGACUGGGAAAAUGAAAAAAAAAACGAUUUGAAUAAUAUGUCAGUGUCUGAAGACGAUGUUGAGUUGAGAGAUUUGUUAGCUCAAACCUUAGAGAAAAAUGGAUGCAUGGCAAAAAUACGGGCGCAGCUUAGAGCAAGCAUAUUUCUUGCCUUGGAUGAAGAUAUCAAACUCAGCACACAGGAGCCACUACAAAAUCGCGAAGUUCGUUCAUAUCUUGAAACACCUGAAGGCCAAGUGAUGUUUUGCAUUGUAAGGGAAUUCCUGGAAUUUUUUAACUUGCAAGAAACGGUAGCAGUUUAUGAAGCAGAAACAUACCAUGGUAAAGUUUAUAAUUAUGAGAGCCGUCAACAGAUAAUUCAAGAUGUGGGCUUAGAAGAAGACAGUAAAGUUCCUCUUUUGCAACAAUUGCUACGAAUUGCUCAAAUGAAAAAUAAUAAUAAAUGUAAAGUAAAUAGUACGAUUGUCAAUGACUGUAGUUCAAAUGGUCAUGUGGAUGAAAUAGAAGAUAGUAGCUCAUUGGAAAGACCUCAUCCGAAUCAAAGACCAGAUAAGUGUAACUCAAAAUCAUUGAGCUCCUUAUCAGAUUUGACAUCAAUGCAAAUUAACAAAACUAGAGUAACUGAUAUUUUGCCUUCACUAUAUAGCAAAGAAUUCAAGGAAAAAUCGAGCCUCAAGGAGCUUGAGAAAAUGUUUGACCAGGAGACUGAAUAUGAAGAAACUUUUAGCACCUACAAUGAUUUUGCUCUUAAUUCUCCUAAAGAAAUUGUUCAAAACAAAAUGGAUUCAGAGAAGUUGAGUGUUUAUAAAAAGAAGGACGAUUUGAGUUCAAAUGCCUCAGAAUUAUCCGUCGGAUCAGUUCCUGCUAUAAAUCAAGGCAGUGAAUCGAACAAAAGCAUUGAAGGCAUCAGCCAUGAUUCUGAUGGUGGAGCAACAAAUGUUAGCUUAUAAUCCUUUUUGAUUUGUAAACAAAGUGCCUUGAAAGUUGUUGUUUUACUAAAUAAAUCGUGCCAUAGCAUGUUUAACAUUCCUAUCAUGUCCAGUACUUAAAGUGUGACAAUUGUCUGUUAUUUAUUUAAUUUUU